AGCACGUCACAUACGGGCUCUCGAAUCCUUACGUAGUAUUUCGCUACACCUUCGCAGGUGAUGGCGAAUCAGCAUGCGAGUAGCGACUCAGAGGGAGAAUUUUUUGACGCCGAAGACGGUACCGUCGAAAGUGGAGUCGAGACCAUCACUAAACCGGAUGUUCUUUACAACAGAAAAAUGGUAAAGGCGACGCUUGAUGAAACGAACCAAGUCGACGGCGUUCCAGAAACGCCAAUCCGCGUCGAAUCCAAUGAGAAAGUUGGUCACAAAAGUGAAGUCAGAAAAGAGGCGCCAAACACAAAUCAAUUUCAUUCAUUAACUUCGGAAUCUUAUAAAUUGCCAGUUUCUGGCGUCUCUAAGCAGCUAAACCUGCCGCAAUUGUCGAGUAACAAGCAGAUUUAUGAUAGUAACCAUGAUUUGACGGUUGCUGCUUUGACGGAGACGCCAAUGAAAACUGUUGUUGCCAUGGAUACGCACGAGAAUGCGGCUGGUGGUGAUGAGAUGGAUACUGGGGGAUCAGGAGAGGUGUGUGGGGAAGGAAAAGAGAUGGCAGCUGGAGGAAGUGGGAAGAAGAGACCAUCUUCUGCUGGACUGCAGAGACCAAGACUUGGGUCAGAAUCAGGAAGACAACUUACUGAUAAAGAAAUAUUAGAUCAAGUCGUAGUCCGUAAUCUUGACACUGGAGAGACAAUGCCUUUAAGUGUUGCCGAGGACAAAAUUGUAAAAGGCACCAACCCACUAUCACUACACAUAAUGAGACUAACAUCAGAAUAUAUCAGUUGUCAUGAUCUUCAUCUUCUUGGAGGAUCUGAUGAGGAAUCAGCUGUAGGCGCUUCUGGAUCUCCGAAAGAUGGAUCAGACAAGAAAGAAAAGAAACGAAGACGCUUGGGAAUCAAGAAGCUGUGGAGCAAGACGAAGGGAAAGUUGAAGAACGUAAAGAUAUUUGGUGAAGAUGUACAAGCAUCAGACGAUGACAGCUCACUGGAUUCAGGAUUGAUUAGAGUGAAGCCUUCGUCACAUCAUAAAGGUUCUUUGGUAUUCGAGCAGCUUCAAUUAAAGCAGGACUUGAGUGGCGAGCAUGCGGGAGCAGUGUGGACUAUGAAGUUCUCAUUAUGUGGGAGACUUCUGGCAACAGCUGGUCAGGAUCAUGUUGUGAGAAUAUUUGUCUUGAAAGAAGCAAGAUCUUACUUUGAUGCUUUGAGAGCAAAAUAUGGCCCUGAUGCAGCUCGAGGAGAAUCAGCAGCAGGUGAUGGCGAAUCUACAAAAACUGAUUUGGAUUCAGCUGCUUUAUUAGAUGAGCCGUUUGAAGGGAAAUCAUUCUGUAGUUAUCAUGGACAUUCAGUGGAUGUACUUGAUCUCUCAUGGUCAAAAAAUUAUUUCCUACUUUCCUCGUCAAUGGACAAAACUGUAAGGCUGUGGCAUAUCUCAAGAAAAGAAUGUCUCUGUUGCUUCCAACAUGUUGAUUUUGUGACUGCUAUUGCUUUCCAUCCAAGAGAUGAUCGUUAUUUCUUGUCUGGCUCUUUGGACGGCAAACUUCGACUGUGGAAUAUUCCCGAUAAGAGAGUGGCUCUUUGGAAUGAAGUUGAGGGUGGCAGCAAGGGUGUGAGUAAUCUUAUUACAGCAGCCAAUUUCUGUCAGAAUGGCAAGUUUGCUGUGGCCGGGACGUACGAUGGAAGAUGCUUGUUUUAUGAUACGGAACACCUAAAGUAUCAUACGCAGAUCCAUGCUAGAUCGACAAGAGGAAAGAAUGCUAAGGGUCGCAAAAUCACAGGAAUAGAGCCAAUGCCUGGUGAAAACAAGGUCCUUGUAACAUCAAAUGAUUCUCGGCUACGACUCUAUGAUCUAAAGGACCACUCACUAACAUGUAAAUACAAAGGCUGUGCCAACUCAAGCAGCCAAAUUCGAGCUGCAUUCAAUCAUGACGGUCGGUUUAUAAUUUGUGGUUCAGAAGAUCACCAUUGCUACAUGUGGCGAACGUAUCACGAUUUGUCUAAACUCAGCUCUGGCUUACGACGAGACAGAAGCGAUUACUAUGAACAAUUCAAAGUUGGACCUUCUGUGGUGACAGCUGCUGUCUUUGCUCCUGUCCCGGGCUUAUUCGCAGGUCAAGGCAUUCGUGAAGUAUCAGGCGAAGUGAUAUUGACUGCAGACUAUGAAGGCAACAUCAAGGCGUUUUCUAGUAUUUCGCCUACUUUGACGUAGUAAUCAGAGCCAUGGGGACUGCAGGUUUAUCUAUUGACUAUAAUAUGCAACACAUAUGGUUUGGAGUCAGAAUUAUUUUGUAUGAUUUUUUGGCCAUAAAUUAGCAGUUGGUACACACAAUAGAAUGCUACGUGUGGAUAUAGUUUCAUGUA